CCAGUGAAAAGUCACCUUCAAGUUCCUGUGAGGAGCUUUUAGCUGGUUUAGAAAAAGACAUUAUUUAAUAUUAAGGCCUCUUUUUGGAUUACCAAAGCUAACAAGACAAUCAGCACACAGAUAAGUUAUUCCUGUAGUCGUGUUCAGUAUCUAGGGAAGCUGUAGAGAAGUGAUUAACUCAACCAAAAGAGGGUUAUGAUUUAUGAUGAGUAACACUCAAGCUAAAUGAGUUUUUCAUUUUAAAAUAUUACAGCUUUAAGAUAUCAAAGAGAGAAGGGAGUUCACAUUUUGUCCACAGGGGGGCACUAAAGUCAACACAAAUUGAAUGUUCGUCAUGGUAGCUUUUCAUGAAUUAUGGUUAAGGUACAAAAGACACAUUUAAACACCUACCUGUUGAUUGAAUGUAAACUGCCCAUUUAAGACUGAUCUCUUAAUUAUAGUAUAAUCAUAAGACAAUAUAUCCCAUAGUUAAUUUUGAAAACCUGCCAAACAAAUGAUAUAUCUGUCAGUCACAAAAUGUUCCACUCUGUGUGUGAUGACUUUAGGAGGUGGAAGUUUCACUUUUUAAAUUAAAUUAUUUGGGGAAAAUGAACUUUUUCAGGUCAUUCUAACUUUUUUUCUUCACUUGUAUACUCUGCUAUAUUCACCUAAAUCUGUUCUAGUUGAUGUUGCUGACGUUAGUUUAAAUUAAGUUUGUCUUUUUGUCCAUUAGUGUCAACUAAAAGGUCUCAUUUAUCCUCAUUGUGCAGGUUAGUGACAAACAUUUUCAGAGAGAAGAGUGUUCACCCUUCCUUCCCUCCCUCCCUCCCUCCCUCCGCCCUACUUCUCCCUCCUCUACCGUGUAAAGGUUAAAAAAAAACAUCAGAGCGACAACAAGGUGAGCCUGCCUGCAGGUAUAAAGAGUGUCUGGCAGCAGGCGGGACAGAGCGGAGCUGUGCUGACGGAGAGAAGAGUUACCUGUCCCAGAACAGAGGAGCUACCAUCAGAGGAGUGUGGAGAGUACGACUAAAAAAUCCUGAGUCAAACCAACUUUAAUCGUCUGGAGCAAAAUGGUAAGAUCAUUUCACACAGUGAAAGAGGUGGAAACUUCACUUUGGAGGGUGUGAUAUCUAGUCAUUUGCUUCAUUCAAUAAUAUAUCUGUUUUUUUUCCUAAAUAUCUACGCACUUCUUUUUUUUUUCCACAAAUGAAAGAUGUGCAGCGUGAGAUCGGAUUGUUAUCAAAGCUACAAAACCUUCAACACUUAAUGCUGCAUGUUUCCUGUGUUUAUUAAGAUGAAGUCAUUAAACAAACCUGCAACGUUCAGUAGACUUCAAUGAUGUCCUUAUAUAACUGCACAGUGAGCGUUAAUGGUUUUAUGAUUUCACAAUCACUGACAGACAGCCAGCAAGAAGAAGAGCUCAGCACUUCAUUUUUAAUCUGACAAAUUAGAGCCUUUAAUCUCAGUCUUUGUGAAUCUGUAACUCUGUGUGUAUUUUAAUAAUCAAUAUUCAUAUUUAUCAUGAUGAUUAUUUCAAACUUUGGUCCCCCUCACCCUGUCUCCCAAGUGUCACUCAGCAGCUAAAAAUCAUCUUGGGGGAUGUUCCUCCUCCAGGGAAAACAAAGGCUGAAAUUCUCCGCGUGUACAAACUUGACUGCGGGAAGCACUUAGAAAAAUGCAACAGUACAGUGUUAGAAUAAGCCUGUUGUGUUUUGACAUUAUUUACUCUCAAUGACUGGAAAAGCCCAGAACAAGAGAACAAGAGGACAGACUUUAACGGGGUAUUAUCAGACAGUUUGCACAGCACACUUAACUGCUGUAUUAUGAGACAAAGAAAGGCCAAAUAAAAUUCAAUUCUAUUAACAACAGGGAACCAAAUUAUCUAAGAGACAAUUGACUUUUCUUUCAAAGUAAAAUCCUUCACUGCUUAAUCAGGCAUUGGUUUAGUUUUGCGCCCACAGAGUUUUGUACGCAGCAUGUACUUAUCCUCGCCUUUGUUUGUUCCAGUUUAAUCAGCCUCUCUUCAUAAACUUUUUAAACUUCCUUAAUUUCAGAGUAGCAAACUGCACUUUUACAGCUCAGUCAAAAGUCUGAUGAAAGGCACAGUUUAUCACAAAUCGACCAAUCCUCAAUUCCCAACAUCCCCCAGUGUCCAUGUACAGUUCACGUGUACACAGUGACUUGCAAAUGGCCAGCAUCUAUUAGAUAAAUAUGUUCAUGGGGAGACAUGGAGGGCAGUCAGUCUGCUUAUGAAGGGGAAAAAAGCGCAAAAGAUUAAGUAUUAAUUUUAUCAGACAUUGAUCGGAAGUAUUACGAAGUUUAGAGGUGACAAGAGGAGUCUUUAAAAAAUCUCUCUUUGUGUCCCUCUCUGCAUGAUAAAACCCGGUUUUCAUCUUUUUCAGCUCCCAUUUUUUCUUCAUAUUUGAACUGUCACCUGUUGGUUCCUCCUGUAAUGUUAUUUGCAUGCAAUAAUGGUCCCUUUAACUGUCAAAAUGAAGAGAAUCUCUAUAUUGGAUGGUAAUAAACAUAAUUCUGCUUCAAGUGCCUGAAUUGUGAGUAUCUAAAAAAUGUCAGGGACUGCUGUUUUAGCAUUAUAUACACCCUAGAUACUUCGAAUCAUUGAUGCUCUAUUUGAGUCACUAGACCUGAUAUUUCUAUCUUGAACAUGUAGUGACAGGAUCUCAAACUCUGGCUAAGCAGACACUAAACGAUUUUAUAAAUGUCAAGGUGGAAAGUGAACACACUGUACGAGUAAACUGUUCACACACUAACAAAUGAUGUGCUCGCACAGAAUCAAUCAAUCAAUCUUUAUUUGUCUCACCCCAAUUCACUCCAAGUGUUAUCCCAUGAUGCUUAGCAGUCAAAGCAAGUCUAGACUGUACUCUGUUUACAAAGACGGGAUAAGUCUGAGCCCCAUCUUAGCGUGUAACACUUUGCAGCAUUUACCAAGUUACAGUGGAGAGGAAAAAGUUCCUGUAACAGGCAGAAACCUUGAGCAGAACCAGACUCAUGUUAGACAGUCAUCCCCCGCCGCUGCCUAAUUAGAAUCUUGGAAACAUCUUAAACUAUGGAUGUAAAACUGAAAAGAUAUGAACCACAAAAGUUGUCAGUUUUGUUGUUUUUUUGGGAAGAACUUCUACAAUUGUCACCUUCACUUCUACAUUUGUUGCUUUCUUUGUCGCUCCAGAGAGAGUGCAUCUCCAUCCAUGUGGGCCAGGCAGGUGUGCAGACUGGAAAUGCAUGCUGGGAGCUCUUCUGCCUGGAGCAUGGCGUUGGACCUGAUGGUGUCUUCCUUGAUAACCAAACAGAGCUGAACUCUCGUGAAGACCCGUUCAACACUUUCUUCAACACGGGGAGUUCUGGUCGUCACGUGCCGAGAGCGCUUUAUGUGGACUUGGAGCCCACUGUUGUUGGUGAGUAAUGCACUUAGUGUGUUCCAUCCUCCUCAUAUGUAUUUUUUCUUUGUUGACAGGCCCACCUCCCUGUUACAUGACAGUAUAAAUCCAUAUAAGUCAUGCAAGCACCUACAGAUGGGAACACUGGUAUCCAAGCAACAAAUGCAGAGUCGACUUCAUUGCCUUUUGUUCAGUGCAGGCUAACAUUUACACAGGAAUAUCAUGUAAAGAGCAACUUGAUCACAUGGGUCUUUAGACGAACGGUCUUGAGUUUCUGAUGUAUAAUUUACAUUUUUAUGCCUAUGCAUGGAACCCUAAAAUUUACAGCUCCAAACAGGAGUUAUGAAAAACACACAUAUUAAUACUGUGCUGACUGCAGCAAAGAAGAAGAGAGUGGUUGUCGUGCAUGAAAAAUGUACUUGUGGGUGUUUUUGGUGGUAAAAACUGGACAAAUGGAAGGCUGUUAUUAUCAUGCACGACAGGAGCUUCAUGUCUUUCCAAGACUACUGUCACUUUUCUGUAAGGAGGAGUGAGCAAGGGAGCAUUUCAGUUCAUUUUUAACUCACUUGCUGUCAGAUUAUCCUGAAGAUCUUGGCACACAUUGAAAAAAAAGAAAUCUGGUAAAGGACAGUUGAUUAGAAAAUAAAUUUAUCAUUUGACCAUGAAUUUACUCCAUUAAUCUCCUGAUAAACAUUCCCUUCUCCACUCCACGGUUCAAUUUUUCUCUUACGAUGAUGAUCACAUAUACAACUGUGUAUGUGCAGUUUUAUUUAUGAAUGUAUUCAGUGAUAUCUUAACUUGUCUGAUACUCUUUCGGUGCAUUUAUAUGAAUGCAGGGUGGGUCGUUUAUUUGUAAUCUUUAGAAGAAAAAAAGUCAAAACCAUCUAUGUGAACAGAAUCAGCUGUGAAGACGUCAAUAAAUCAAUUGGGUUGAAGGUUGAAGAUAAUGUGAAGGCAAAGACGAUGAGCUACAAGCCUUGACGUGUCUGUUUUAUUCGACUAGUCUGGCCUGACAAGUUAAACUCAAAUCAUGUUUAUCACAUCAGACUUUCUGAUUAUGACCUUUUUUUUUCAGAUGAGGUGAGGGUUGGAAAGUACAGAGAGCUUUUCCACCCCGAACAGCUGAUCUCUGGAAAGGAAGAUGCAGCCAACAACUACGCUCGUGGUCAUUACACGGUGGGGAAAGAGGUCAUUGAUGGAGUCAUGGAGCGUAUUCGCAAAAUGGUGAGUAGUAGUGAUAAGAAUAUUUUCAUAACUGUUAUUUAGCUAUUUCCAAGGGGAUAGAUGUGAAGACGGAGGAAGUAUUUUUCUUCUGCAGUAUUCUAUAAACAAGUGAAUGUGUAAAAGUGUGAAGACCAUAUUUCAGUUUAUUAUGAGCUACAAACUGUGGCAUCAAUCUUCUCCUUAGAGUUUCUUCAGGAAAGUAAAUAAGUAAAAAAUAUGUUGAGCUUUGUUUUUUCUCUUUGUUUGUUCUUUUUGUUUCCAUCAUCAGACCGACCAGUGCACAGGUCUGCAGGGUUUCCUCGUUUUCCACAGCUUUGGAGGAGGAACCGGCUCUGGCUUCACCUCUCUGCUGAUGGAACGUCUUUCUGUCGACUACGGGAAGAAGUCAAAGCUGGAGUUUGCGGUCUAUCCUGCUCCACAGGUUUCCACAGCUGUAGUAGAGCCCUACAACGCCAUCCUGACCACCCACACCACCUUGGAGCACUCCGACUGCGCCUUCAUGGUGGACAAUGAGGCCAUCUACGAUAUCUGUCGUCGCAACAUGGACAUCGAGAGUCCUGGUUACGUCAACCUGAACAGAUUGAUCGGUCAGAUUGUUUCCUCAAUCACAGCUUCUCUUAGGUUCGAUGGCGCCUUGAAUGUUGACCUCAUGGAGUUCCAGACCAACCUGGUCCCAUUUCCACGUAUCCACUUCCCGCUGGUCACCUACGCGCCCAUCAUCUCCGCAGAGAGGGCAUACCAUGAGCAGCUGACUGUGGCUGAAAUCACAACCGCCUGCUUUGAACCGGCCAAUCAGAUGGUCAAGUGUGACCCUCGGCAUGGCAAGUACAUGGCAUGCUGCAUGCUGUACAGAGGUGACGUUGUCCCCAAGGAUGUCAACGCUGCCAUUGCAAAUAUAAAGACCAGGCGCUCCAUUCAGUUCGUGGACUGGUGCCCCACGGGCUUCAAGGUGAGAAACAAGAUGAACUUGCUCUCCAAGGGAGACAACUCCUGUGAACGUAAUGUAAACUAUGAACCAAAUGUCUAUCAUCUAAGACAGCUUGGCUUUCAGUUUAUCACUUCAAACUGACGUGUGUAAAUGUACAGCCAACAAAACCAAAGUACAUCUACAUCUACAGAAACUUCAUUCCUGUGAUUGCUCUCUGUGUCUCGACAGGUCGGCAUCAAUUACCAACCUCCCACCGCAGUUCCCGGCGGAGACCUCGCUAAAGUCCAGAGGGCCGUGUGCAUGCUGAGCAACACCACCGCCAUCGCCGAGGCCUGGUCACGCCUGGACCACAAGUUCGACCUCAUGUACGCUAAGCGUGCGUUUGUCCACUGGUACGUGGGUGAGGGUAUGGAAGAGGGGGAGUUUGCCGAGGCCAGAGAGGACCUGGCCUGCCUGGAGAAGGAUUACGAGGAGUUGGCUCAUUCGGGCGUUGAUUCUGACUAUGACGAUGAGGAUGGGCAAGAAUAUUAAACCUCUGCGCUCCAACAGCUGCACUGCAAUGAUGGUUUGUAUAGAGUCAGUCACAAAAGGUGUAACAAAACAUUUUACCAUGAUAAGAUAUCUGUUAUGAUACCUGAUAGGUGAUAUGAUAUAGGAUUGCUUUGAAAGCUUUAAAAGACCAUCAAGAAUCGAUACACAGUCAGUCGUCAUAUAUCAUGCAGGUGGCAUUGAUAUGAUGAAUGUAUUGUUACACUCCAUCAAUCACUGCUGCAUUCUGCUUCUGUCCUGUCUUUUCUUUUCCAGACUGAUCUCCUUUUUACUGUCCUGUUUUCAUUAUGUCAGCUUUAGAUUAAAGCCCCUGUGAGGACGUUUUAAGCCGGUAAUGAAAAAGCCUGAAAUUAUGUGGUGCCUCUUUUAUUACUUAAAAAAUCAAACAAGAUCUUCAGCUACAAACCUGCCUGUUUCUUUAUUGUAAUUUGUAUGCCCAUAACCACUGCAAGAGGGUUAAUGACAAAAUUAUUGACUAUACAUUGGAGAAACUGCCUUUUACCUUUUCCACAGCAGGAAUUUACUUUGAGUUGAUUUUUAUUUUAAAGCAGGGGAGACUUUUUUUGUCCCCAAACACUCCUUAUACGUACAGGACAAGAUCAGCCAAAGAGUUAAGAGGUAUCACAUUAACCACAAGUGACACCAAGAUUGACACAAACACAGUUCCUCACAGGAGCUUAAAUCCCCUGACCACCUAAAUGAUGCUCUUUACCUGUAACCAAAGCUACUUUACAUUAACUAAACCUGAUAGAUAAAAAUAAUGAGCAUUUUUCUGUAAGUUUUAAUAUCAUUUUCCUUACAUGAGGACAAUGGGUUACUGUUUAUUUCACGCCUAAAUGUUGCUGUUACAACUAAGAGAGAAAGUAUUUUGUUUUUUGUCUUUGCCUCUAUUUUUCCAUCUUUAUUGUUCUAUCACAUAUCUUAGAAAAUGUAUCACAAAAGAUGUCUUUUUAAUAAAAAAAGGGGCAAAAAUAA